AUGUUAGCAUCAUCGAGCAGUGCAGCUAGGCAAAUUGCGAGACAACCAAUCAGAAAGUCAGAACCAAAUGUACCAGUGGCUUUUAACCCACAAUAUCAGACACUUCAUGAGCAUCCAGAUGAUAUCCGUCCGGUAGUUUAUGAGGCCACUCACCCGCUCACGGGAUUUAUUGUGGAGUACAUGGUGGAUCGACCGAGCUUUACUAGUAUUAUCAUGGCAGAAGUAUACCGCACAAUAUUCCGUGAGGGGAAGAGGGCAUACGAAAGGCUCCGUGAAUCAAUGCCUAUAGCAAAGGCAUUGCAUAACAUUAUCACGGAAAAUGUGAACUCGAGGAAUAGUGAUCCCAGGGCAGUGAGGACACAGGACUGA